AUGUCAAAUAAGGGUUACACGCGUCAACACGAAGAGCUCCAACCUUUUCAGUCGUCUGGAUUAACCAAAAUGGAACCUAAAAGUGGUGUCUCCGGCUCUUGUAGCACAAAAUCAUCAAAAAGCAAGCAGUCUGGAGGUCUCCACAUGGAAGAUGAGAAAUACAUUGCACUCCGUAAACGCAACAACAUUGCCGUCAGAAAAUCACGCGAAAAGCAGCGGGCAAAGCAGAAUGAGGUUAUCAAAACUCUUUCAGUCCUUCGCGAAGAAAACUCUAGUCUUCAAUCCACUGUAGCUGCAAGGAUUCGGGAGUUGAAUCUCCUGAACAGUCUUCUCAAGCAAGUCAAGCAUGCUCCGCCUGAAAGACUUUCCAAAAUUCUCAGCGCCUACAGCAUGGAUCACACCUCUAUCGAUCUUUGUACUGACAAUCAAGUUCCUCAACCAUCCUCCUCUUCCUCUUCUAACUUUUCCAACUCCUCUUCUCCAAAAUCCAUACCUCCUCACCCUCCGAAUCCUAAUUCAGCAACAUCUCAGCUUUUAUCCACAACUCUCUACCGACAGAUGCCCUAA